AUGUCGACUAGCUUGCCGAAUGAAAGAUACACAGUCGGAUGGGUGUGUGCGCUCCCAAUCGAGCUGAGUGCAGCCAAGGCUAUGUUGGACGAGGAGCACGAAGGCCCACAGACACCACCGAAGCAGGCAGAUGACAACAUUUAUUUGCUGGGAGCCGUGGGAAAAUUUAAUGUUGUCAUCACAUGUUUGCCAAAGAACGAGAUUGGCUCCAGCUCCGCCGCCGCGGUUGCCAAGGACAUGCUUUUUACCUUUCCUGGCAUUCGUUUUGGCUUGAUGGUAGGCAUUGGAGCAGGAAUUCCUGACUACGAGCUCGAUGAGGUCCAAGAUGUGCGGCUUGGAGAUGUUGUUGUCAGUUCCAGUAAAGAAAAUGGUGGAGUCGUUGUCUAUGACUUUGGCAGGAGGCUCGGAGACGGCUCAAUCCAGGCCAGGUACCCGUUGAAUCAGCCGCCGAGGUCUCUGAGGACAGCCUUAACCCGGCUGGAGACUGAGCAUAUGUUGAACGAAAGUCAGGUUGCAUCUUUCAUUGAGAAAGCACUCACCAAAUACCCGAAGUUGAGAAAAAAAGGUGGUUGGGUCAGGCCGAAUCAAGAUUCUGAUAGGCUGUUUCACGCCGAAUACCCUCACGUUGGUGGAAGAACAUGUGCGGAAUGCGACAAAGACUAUGAGAUAGAUCGCCAGGAAUGGGAAAGACAUGAUACCAGCCCGGUGAUUCAUUAUGGAACCAUUGCUACAGGCAAUGCGGUUGUCAAGCACGCACCAACACGGACCGAAAUUGGAAAAACACAUCAGGCCAUUUGCUUGGAAAUGGAAGCGGCUGGGUUGAUGAACGCCUUUCCCUGCCUUGUUAUUCGCGGAAUAUCCGACUAUGCAGAUUCCCACAAGAACGACACCUGGCACAACUACGCUGCAGUAGCUGCAUCGGCUUGUGCCAAAGAGCUGCUGCAAUUUGUGACGCCUAAAGAGGUUGAAGCAGAGGAUACUGCGCAAAAAAUCUUGAAUUCUGUUAGUGAGGACGUAUCAUCAAUCAAAGAAAGUGUUUCUGUCCUCAAUACGGCUGUUCUCGAAGAGCAUCAAAUGGCCAUCCUUGACUGGCUAUCCCCACACAACUUCAACGAUGUGCAGAAUGAUAGACUGGCCCAAAGAAUAGACGGAACAUGCCUGUGGUUUCUUGAGACCGCUGAAAUGAAGAAUUGGCUUCAAAGCGCUGGUCAAACUUUGUUCUGCCCUGGUAUCCCGGGCGCUGGGAAGACGGUCAUGGCUGCCACCAUCAUUGAGCAUCUUCAAUCUCUGACGAAGCAAGAUCCAAAGUCUGUUGUUGCAUAUAUCUACUGCAGCUAUCAGCCAAAAUCUGAACAGGCUGUUCAGAAUAUGCUACAGGUGCUGCUACGGCAGGUCACUGCCAAGCAGAGAAGCAUCCCAGACAACAUCAAACGCCUCCACAAAGAACAUGCCACCGCGGGCUCUCGUCCAUCAAUCAAACAGCUGUUGGUGGUGCUUUGCCAAUGUCUGAGGCAGUACAACCGUGUGUUCAUUGUCCUUGAUGCAGUGGACGAAUAUUAUGUCUCGGAUUACGAGAGCCACCAAACACUGCUUUCUGAGCUAUCUGAUAUCCAAAGGGACAUUCCAAUCAAUUUGCUGAUGACUUCACGGUUCAACAACACGAAUGUUUCGUCAAAAUUUCCUGGCUCAAUACAGAAGGAAAUUCGGGCGCACGAAGCCGAUAUCCUCCUAUACUUGAAUCGGAAGUUGCCAAUUUUUGUGGUCAGUGUCGCCGGAAAAGUAUAUCUCGAAGAACAUAUCCAAUCCAUGGUGCUUCAAGCUGCAGACGGAAUGUUUCUGCUUGCUCAGCUUCAUACAGAGUACCUGAUGAAGAUGCCAACGAUCCGCCAUCUCAAGCGUUCCCUCGAGGCUCUACCCAGAGGUCAGGACGGUUUAACCCCGACUUAUGUACGAGCGAUGUCGGACAUUGAUCGACAGGCAAAUGAAAUUCGCGAUUUGGCAAGGAAGGCUCUGUCUUGGCUCGCCCACAGCAAACAAGCACUCAGCUCCGUCGAAUUGCAGCAUGCAUUAGUGACUGAAAGCGGGCAGUCUGACCUAGAUGAAGAGCUUCUGCUGGAUAUUGAUAUUCUUCAUAAUCUGUGUGCGGGACUAAUAGUCUGGGAUCGAGCAACCGAUGUUGUGCGCCUCAUUCAUUACACCACACAUGAGUUUCUUCAGACAGAAGGUAUUUUGAAGGACCCCGAGAGUCAAGUAGCGCUAAACUGUCUCACUUACAUGUCAUUUGAGCCCUUUUCCUUCGGCCGCUGCAGUAACCCAGAAUCAUACAUGGAUCGGCAUGAGCGAUAUCCCUUGUACAUGUAUUGCACGAAACACUGGGGAGACCAUGCGCGAAAUUCAAAUAGCGAUGAUGCAAAGAAUGUUGCGCUUCAGUUUUUAGCCAGCAUCGGAUGCUUUUCUGCUGCUUGUCAAAGCAUGAAGGGGCCUCCAAUCAAGCGGGGCAAACCCCUGGAUUCAUCAAACAUCUUGAAGUACAGUACAUGCAGGAUAACGGCAGCCCAUGUUUGCGCAUACUUUGGUCUCACUGAAUGGCUUCAAAUCCUACUUCAAAACGGGGCUGAAGUCAAUGCGAAAGACUCGAAGGGGGACACCCCUUUGACCUACGCUGCACGGGCAGGUCACGAGAGCACCGUCAAGCUCAUCGGGCCUGAAAUGAGCCAUGGUGUGAUUUCAAAAGAUGAUGCACUGGAGGAAGCUGCUGGUGAAGGGCAUGAAGCCGAUGUUAGGUAUUUGCUAUCCGGUUCCGCCGGUACCGAAGUUGGACAAGAACAGAAGCAGCGGGCACUUAAGGAAGCUGCUGGAAAGGGUCAUGUCUCAAUCAUGAAGCUCCUCCUUGACCAGGGGACCAAUCCUGAAUACAAUCAUAUCAGGGGUGGUUGGUUCAGAGAGGAUAGUCCGCUAGAGCUGGCUAUAUCUUCGGGAAACCUAGAAGCAGUUCGCUUACUUCUGCCAAAGGAUGGCACUAUCAGCGAAUACGCUAACAAGAACAUGGAGCUGGUUUUUAGAGCAGUGUCUGAUGCGAACUACGAGAUGGUUCAACUGUUGCUCAAUCAUGGAGCUGAUCCUGACUUGCCAAAUACGAGCGGACGAACGCCUUUCAUCAAAGCAGUUUUCAAGGGUGAAAAAAGCACAGCGAGACUGCUUCUGAGCAAAGACAUUGAUGUCAAUGCUCAGGAUCAGACUGGUGGCAACCCUUUGAUAUAUUCCGUUCGCAGUGGUGAUGAAGAGUUGGUAAAUGCGCUGUUGAUGAAAGGCGCUGACCCAAAUCUGAGGGCAAUCACGUGGGACCUUGAGACUCCAUUGGACCGGGCAGUGUCAAAGGGAUAUCUGAAAAUUGUUCAAGCUCUCAUACUCAAAGGGGCAGACCCCAACCAACCAAGCGGCUCCCUGGAGGAUCCCCCUCUGUGCAGUGCCGCAGGGAACGAUCAUGAAGAGGUUGUGAGAUAUCUUCUUGAGCGUGGUGCCGACGUCAAUUUGUCAAACAAAGUAAACGAAACACCGUUGUUCUUUGCCAUAAAAGCGAGGCGCAUCCAGAUAUCAAGACUUUUGUUGAGCGAAGGUGCUAAGCUCGACAGCCAAAACAUUGUUGGAAACACAGCUCUCUUUUAUGCCGUCCAAUGCCCAUCCAACUCACUUGCAGCCGAUCUAAUCACAAGAGGAAGUGAUCCGAAUCAAAGGAAUGAGUUGGAAGAGACUCCGCUUUUCUUCGCAGCCAGAGCAGGAUCUCUGUCGUCGGUCCACCUUUUACUGAACGGUGGGGCUCACGCGGACCCGAGGAACAAAUUAAGAGAGACGCCAUUACUUCAGGCAGCUACAUUCCUUUGUGCUGACAAAGAGUCUUGCAUGGAAUAUGCCGCCAUCAUUGAAUUGCUUAUAGCAAAUGGGGCUGAUCCCAAUCCAACUCCCGAUUUAGGAUACCCUCAUAUCUUAUUUGACGCAGUUGGAGACGGGGACUUGGUGAGUCAAUGGUCGGAAUCGGACCCAGAAAAGUUCCAACAAGUCCAAGAAUCUUGGUCCAAGUCCAAGAGACUUUCAAAAGAUCUCUUUGCUUUGUUUUGUGAGCAUAUUUCGGGGAGAAAUGGGGAGGGAUAUUCAAAGUGGAAAAAUUCUUGGUCGGCGAGACGUUCUUGGAAAGAUGGUCUAGUGACUCCACUGGUCUGGUCUGUACGUGCGGGCUGCACUGAUCUUUCCCGGCGGUUGGUUGAUCUAGGGCUUGAUGAUAUGGACGCUCCUUCUUCGGAGCCUCUGUUGUACAAGGCAGCUGAUUUCAAACACAACAAGGUAGCUGACCUCAUUUAUAAGUCAGACCUCCAGGUAUAUGUUCAGAAUAUCAAGCCUGGAGAACGCGGAACCGUUGGAAAGCUAGCGUUUUUGUCGGCAGUGGAGAUGGGAAACCUGGCUAUUAUCUCAGUUCUUCAACGCCAUUCGCUGUCUUACCUCACGUCAACAACUCGUGUUGGGGAUUUUGCUCUGCUUGUGUCUUCAAGAUGUGGGCGAAUUAACCUGUGUCAUCAUCUCAUCGAUGCAGGCUUUGACCUCCAUCAUCGCGAUGAAACGGGAAAAACCAGCUUGACUUUGGCGUCCAUUGAAGGGCACAAUGACCUUGUGGAACUCCUUCUACAGAAAGGGUGUCAAACGGAAGCUGAAGACAAUACAGGCCGGACUCCGCUCUUGUGGGCUGUGCAACUUGGGAAUACACCAGCCGUUGAAUUGUUGCUGCGAGCAGGCGCAAAUCCCAACUGCCUUGAACAGAACAGCCGAACACCUUUGUUGUUCUCCACUCUCAACGGUGACGAUUUCAUGGUUGAGCUACUGCUGAAGUAUGGGGCAAAUCCAAAUUUCGCGAAUAAGGCCGGUGAAAGUGCUCUUUCCUGGGCCGUAGCUCAGAAUUACGAGGCAAUUGCAAACAUGCUCCUGAAGCGAGAAGCCAGGCUGAUCAACGAGAACAAUUUGAACCAAUCCCCUCUCUUUUGGUUGAUCAGACCUUUCCUCACUAAGAGGGUCAAAAGCAGUUUAACAGUCAGGCGAUCCUCAUAUAAUCUCAAGCAAAAGGCAUUCAACAAGAAUGACAUCUUUUCUGUGGUGUCCACAGUCCAGGUUGACGGGAAGUCUGACUUUGACGGUGAUGAGACAGUUGGGAAUGAUAUGGAGGCUAUGCUGAGACUGCUCAUCUCUCAUGGUCAAAACAUUGAUCUCAAAGAUGAAAAUGGAAGGACAUGUCUGGCCAGAGCCGCCUUUGCCCCAAAUGAGGAUUACGCGAGAAUAUUUUUACGCCACGGCGCAAACCCGGACACACAAAACGAUCUCGGCGAGACACCCCUCUUCCUAGCCUCUCUUAGAAGAGGUGGCUCGUCACCCUCCCCAGCCCAAAUGAAAAGAAAGACAGAUAUGAUCGAUAUCCUGGCUUGCAACGGUGCCAAUCCGAACCUAGCCACCGUGUAUGGUCGUACUCCACUGAUGACAGUGGCAGCAUCAGGGGCAUUAGAGGCCACUCAGAUUUUGUUGAAAAUCACCAAUGUGAAUAAACACCUCCAAGAUCGCUUUGGGCGCACUGCCUUCUCGGAAGCUUCCGAGCGAAGCCAACCACACAUCUGUGGUCUAUUAGACCCGGAUGAGGUGGAUCAUGACUUGCCGGUACCAGAGACUGUCCAUCAAAUGGCCUCGCCCAAAUUCUGUGACAUUUGCCGGGUAAACAUCUGCAGUGGGGACGAGUUUUACCACUGUGAGCUUUGCCAGGGUGGGGACUAUGAUGUCUGCAAUUUCUGUCUCCGAAAUGGUGCAUCUUGCUUGGAUGAAACGCAUCCGGUUUCGAAAAUUAUAGCGGUCCCCCGAAAAGCCAUCGAACCGAAGAACUCUACCACGGAGGAUCCAUCUUCUUUAAUGGCAGCUCACAUGGCCUCGCUCAUGAUGGCCUCAAUUCAGUCGAUGAUUGGAAAGUGCAGCACGUCGUCCCAGUCUGGAUCCUCAGAGAGCAGGGACGCAUCUAAUCGACUGAGAGUGAGAAUGUGGCGACCCUGA